AUGGCCGGCCCAAACUCUUUUCCUUCUGGCAUUCCUGGAUACGGCGAGCCUGGAUACGGUCCUCGUGGUGUCAACGAGACAAGCCAGCUCCUCAGCGCGCAGUCCAGGAUUUCGCAGCCCCGUCUUCAGACUCCUUUUACCUCCUCGCCCCCUACCAUCGCGUUGAUGGGCUCGGAGAUGCGUGCUCCCAUUGACCCGGCUUUGUUCAUCGACCCAAAACUCACCAUGUCUUCAAGCCCCCUCGGUGGUCAUGGUGGCCCAGUCUACCCUGGCGGCGGUAUUCCCCUGCCCGCCAGCUUUGUCCCACCCGUCCACGUCGAGCUGCAGCCCAGCCGCAUUAAGGAUGCAGGCUACACUCGACACCCUGACCCCAACUUCCGCCCGUACGGCCCCAACCAGUGGGUGGACAUCCUAUACAACCACACGCUGCUCCGAUACAUCUCCAAGAACGAGAUCACCGACAUCAGGAAGCACUGUGAGAAGCUGGCCCAGGCCGUCAACCCCGAUGACCCUCGCCCCGUUCUGAUUGAUAACGGCCCCUUCACCACCGCCGACGCACAGGCCGUGUGGAAGUACUGCACCGUGUACAUCAAGCGGCGCGACCAGCUCCGCAACAAUGUCUCGGCCCGAAAGUCCCGCUCCAGGAAGGACAACGAAGUCAAGCACUGGAAGAUGAUUGCCCUGGCAGCUGGCGCCCCUGAUGUGCCCUUCGAAUUCGAUGGCGACGACCCAGCGUACUCCAACGAGGCGCUGGUGCCUCGGGAGACCCAGGAUGCCAUCAACGCUAUGCGAGCCAGCUGGGCCUCUUCUGACAACAUACAAAAGUCGGUCAAAGACGAGGAGGCUCCAGUCGUCCCUCCUGAGGCCGCGUUGCCGCCAGGCCAGCUGCCUCUUCCAAUCUUCGAGGGCGCCAUGCCACCAAUUGUCCAAGACGAGAACAGUGCCUCGACUCCGGCCCCUCAUCGACCGCAGACACGAGCCACGACCAGAGCGCAGGCUCGUGGUCGUGGCUAUGACAAUGGUGUAGGCGAUCAGACUGCCGUCGGCGGUGCUCGUGGUCGCGGUCGUGCUCGUGUUCGUAGUCGACAAUUAGGUGCAGGUGGUGACCAGGCUACGGCCGUCCACCACGCGCCACUGCUCACAGCCUCUCCUGUAGAUCAGCGGUUGGCCCCCUCGACUGCUUCGCCAGUUCCUCGCGCGGUCCCUCCCACGCCUUCCAUGAUGGACCACCUGCGAAACCAGAUGGUCGACAGAGAGGCCAGCCAGGGUUCUGUCCUGGAAGACAGGGAGGAGACCAAGGUGGACUGGAGUGAGUUCCAGAGUGGCUUUGUGUGA